AUGAUUGAUUAUGCAUUAAAAGGUUCAUUUGAUAUGAUGGAUGCAUCGCCAGAUAUUUUAGAUGAUUUUAUCAUUUGUAUUCGGACAUUUCGGCCGCGCGGCUUUUGGACACUUAUUCAUCAUAUCACUGAUGGCCUUCGUAAUAAAUUAAAUGAGCAAUGGAAAAAUUUGAAUAUCGAUAUUGUAUUACGUUAUCUUACCUUAAGCGCCCAUCAUCGUUUGCAUGAAUUAUGCUCAAAAGCUAUUAUACUUAUUGCAAAUGUACACUAUAAACAAUUUAUGCUUGAAUAUAAUGUUGAUUCAAAAGGAACAAAAUUAGAAAUUUACAAUAUGCUUAAAAAUAGUGAAUUGCCAUUUGAAGGAAAUGCAAUUCAAAAAAUUCAAUCUAUUUAUUAUGCCGGUAAACAAACCGAAGUUUUAUUCCGGUAUAGAGUGAAACAGGAACAAAGUCGUACAGGAAAUGAUCCUGCAGCAAUCAAAUAA